CUGACGUAAUGGUCCGAGCAGCUCAUUUAUGUGUCGACGCUGAGGCCAUCACGCUCAAAGUAGAUCCAUCUGUUAGCGGACGGUGAAGGUUACCUGCUUCAACAGUGCUUGAACGGCAACCUUUUAACUGUCUUUUUAAAGUAGGUGACGCGAACAGUUGCUUCUAUCAUUUAGAUUUCCAUCAAGAAAGUCAACUCUAACUUUAAGCUUAAAUUGCCUAGCUAAGUUAUCGUAUAACCACGCUUAGCUUGGAAGCUAACUGUUUGUUUUGCUAACAACGCGAGCUCUCGGACAUCGGCAACCCUCUCACAAGACCACCUGCCACGGAAAAUAGAACCAUGAGUUCACAGGUUAGACAAAACUUCCAUCAGGACUGCGAGGCUGCAAUCAACAGGCAGAUCAACUUGGAGCUGUACGCCUCCUACGUCUACUUGUCUAUGGGUUAUUAUUUUGACCGCGAUGAUCUGGCAUUACACAACUUUGCCAAGUUCUUCCGCGGGCAGUCGCAUGAGGAGCGCGAGCAUGCAGAGAAGCUGAUGAAACUCCAGAACCAGAGGGGAGGAAGGAUCUUCCUGCAAGACAUCAGGAAGCCCGAUAGGGAUGAGUGGGGCAGUGGCAUUGAGGCUCUUGAGUGUGCCCUGCAGCUUGAGAAGAGUGUGAACCAGUCACUGCUGGACUUGCACAAGCUCUGCUCUGAUCACAAUGACCCACAUCUGUGUGACUUCAUUGAGACCCACUACCUUGAUGAGCAGAUCAAGUCCAUCAAAGAGUUGGGAGACUGGGUGACCAACCUGCGCCGCAUGGGAGCUCCUCAGAGCGGCAUGGCCGAAUACCUGUUUGAUAAACACACUCUGGGCAAAGAAAGCAGUUAAAUCUGUUCGAUCAUUUUUACAAAAGCUCCUGUAUUUGUAUGUUUGUAUCCUGCUUCUUUACUUUCACAGUAUGAGUUCUUCUGCAUGAUAGUUGCUCGGCAUUUAAAUGUGUACUAUUCAUGUUAUCAGCAUCACGUCCAUAUUAUACUUCUAGAUGAACCUUUGCGAGUUGUUACAUUCAAAGCUCCUUUCCACCUUCACAUGCUGUGUUCAGACAUCAGAAAAUAUUUACUGUUGUAAGCCAGGUGUUUAUCAGACCAAAUAAAUGGAACCCUCUGGAUUCUGAUUUGCCGUUUGUUUUUUUAAAUGUUCUUCAGUGUUGAAGAAAGUCAAGCAUUUGAAUAUCUUAAGUUGGGCUGUUUCACUUCCAUUAUUUGGGAAAGCAAAACCUCUAAGGGCAGAUGUUAUUCUCCUCCAUAUGUCCUCGCAUGUCUAUUUUGUUUUUCCUCACCAAAUAUAGCAGCUUUGGACAGCUGUUCAUUAUAAUGUUGAAACUUAAACUAGUGGAAAGCAAAUGGUAGCUUGAAACUUGGUGGAUAUGCAGGACAUAAUUACUGUUUGUUAGUGUGCAAGCUCUGCAAACUGCACACCACAAAUUUAAAAUGGGCAGCCUGCUCAGAAACAUAAGCAUCUGUUGUUGAGGCUUCAGGGUUUUACUGGAUGUCCUGUCAUUUCCAAACAGGGGCUUCCUCUCAGUACGUUGCUGUUGAAGUUGGAUGGUUUACUUCUCGGCUCAAAUUUGAAAUGGAUUGAAUUACUUUAAAAUGGAAUAUUCAAAAA